AUGGCCGAAAUCCAAACCCGGACCUACACCAUCCGCUACGCUCGGCAAUCCGACGUCCCUGUGAUCCUGCAACUCAUCCAGGAACUAGCGGAGUACGAGAAGUCACUGCACGAGGUCGGGGCGACCGAGGAGUCUCUGCGCGCGACUCUGUCCUUUCCAGAACCGUCACGCCCCAGCGGGUUCACCGAGGGCUUUGCGAAGACGUUGCUUAUCUCGCCUCGAAGCAGCGCCAGCGCCGGCGGCAGUGAUGGCGACAGUGCCGAGCAACAACCAGAAGUGGCCGGCAUGGCGCUCUUCUUCCACAACUACAGCACCUGGACAGCCGCGCCGGGGAUCUACCUCGAGGAUCUGUUCGUCCGGCCGCAAUACCGUGGCACGGGGUUCGGCACGGCGCUCAUCCAGGCCCUGGCGCGCGAGUGUCUGAGACUGGGCUGCAAACGGCUAGACUGGAGUGUGUUGAAGUGGAACACGCCUAGCAUUGAGUUUUAUACGGGCGAGAGUAUCGGCGCCACCAGGAUGGAGGAGUGGGUGGGCAUGAGGGUCGAUACCGAAAACUUGCCCAGGUUGGCCGCCAAAGGGGAAAGGGCGAAAUAA